GGAGUGACACCCAGCUCAAACCACAUACAAGUGUACACACAGCAAGUCUAUCGAGUGACAUCAAGACAAACUUCUUUCAUUGGACAAACAUUGAUUCUAUUUGCAUACCGCUGAGCCGCUUUCUUCUCUUUGUCUUAUCACUGAGAAACUGGCUGCACAGCUGGACAGUUAAGAAUGCCAACAGCGACUGCAAAACUAACAGCAGUCGCUGAGGUCGCGGGGACGCUAAAGCAAGUCGACCAGGCGUUUACGGCGUUCCAGGUUGCGCGAAACACAUUUGUGAAUGUCUUAGCGGGCUUUCUCGAACGCCUGGACGACCAGAAUGUGAUGCUGGAGGCGCUGAUGAAGAAGGACGUGCUAGCCACGUUGUGUUGUCCGCUGGCUCAGGACCCAGUGCCAGGCAUCCAGGCCUCAGCGCUGUCGAGUCUGUCCAAGCUGGCGGGCUGUGACCCGCUGCUGAGCCAGGCGGUGGUGUCGUGCGGCGUGCUGGACAGCGUAGUGCUGUCCAUGAGCCACGAGAGCUCUCCGGUGCAGGCGGGAGCCAACAUGGUGCUGGCGGCGGUGGCGGGCAGCAGCGUGGACUUUGCGCGGAGGGUGCUGGAGGCGGGUGCCAUGCCGGGCAUCCUGACGCAGCUGCGUGUGGGCACGCCCGCCGUGAAGGAGGCGGCGGUGAAGAACCUGAACUCGCUCAUUGGCUCGCACGGCGACCACGCGCGCCUUAUCGCGGACGAGGCACUGCUCAGCACGCUGGUGGCCAUGCUGUCGGCGGCGGACUCGCCGCACUCGCUGUGCAAGGCGGUGGUGCACACACUGGCCACCACGGCGCGAUACAGCUCGGAAAUGGCGGCGGCGGUCAUCAAGGCCAACGCGCUGCCGCCGGUGUCGCUGCUGGUGCGCGGCGGCAGCACGCCGCCCGACCUACGCGCCGCCGCCAUCAACUGCCUGGCGCACAUCGCCUCACACAGCGAGGAGCUGGCCUCUCAGGUGUCCGCCACCGGCCUGGUGGGGCCCACCGUGGGCCACCUGGCCGACAAGAUGGUGCCCAAGGUGCGGCGCGCAGCCGCCGCGCUCCUGCUGCAGCUGGGCCGCAAGACGCCGCCGCUGGCGGCGGAGGUGUGCUCCGGCGGCUGCCCGGCGGCGCUGGCCAAGUACCUGGCGAUGGAGAAGGACGGCGGCGAGGGCUGUAGCACGGGCGUGACGCUGGGCGGCACGCUGGCCAGCUACAGCCCCGUCACGGCCAAGGCGGUGGUUGACGCCGGCGUGGGCGCAGAGGUGGUGGCGGCGCUGAGGAGAGGCGGGGCGGGGGGUGCGGAUGCGGGGGGAGGGGCGCUGGGCGCCACGGGCAAGAGCGGCGGCGGCACCAAGCUGCUGACGAUGAAGUCAACGGCGGCCGGCGGCGCCAGUGCGGGCGUGACCAACGUGCCCGUGCCGGCAGCGGCGGCGUGGGCGCUGGAGCAGAUGUCGCAGCACGGCGACGAGACCACCAUGCCACUCAUAGCACAGGGCGCCCUGACGGCAGUGCUGGACGGCUACGUGGCCUCUGCGGACGGCGCGGCGGGGUCGCCGGACAGCCCCGACGCCGCCAUCUUCGGCCGCUGCAAGGCCGCGCUCAAGUCGCUCAUCCGCAACUGCGCCACCACCGCGCCGCUGGAGCCCCUGGUCAUGGACAGCACCCCGCCCGCCAUUCUGAAGCACGUGCUCCGGCGCUGCGAGCCGCUUCUGGCCAAGGACCCCAAGGCGCGGCAGCAGUUCGUGACCAGCGGUGGGCUGAUGCGGCUGCAGGAGCUGGAGGGGCGGCUGUGUGGCAAGGGGCGGGCCUACCUGGAGGCCAUCAACAAGCUGUUCCCCGCAGACGUGGUCAACUACUACCGCCAGGGCGGCGGGAAGUAAGGGACGUAAAGAAGGGGACGCGUCUGUGGCGGUGGUAGUAGAAGUAACGGUGGUGAACCGGUGAGAUGGCGCGGAGGAGGGUUGGGAGCGUGCGUGCAAGGGUGGGGCGUCUCAGGCUGGAGAGAGCGAGAGUGGGGCUGCGUGCUUGCAGCGGUAGCAAGAGUGUACAACGGUCGCUUAGUAAACUGGUAUACUGAAGUGUGUUGUUCGGCGGCAAUUCUUGGUAAUGCUGUCUGAGGAACGUACGGUGUUGUGGAGCAUCUUGGGGGCGCUGGCGCUGUUAUGAUUGCACAUAAGGAUGCUGGCGAUACGUGGACGAGAACGUCAAGGCGUAGGCGCUCAGCCACGCAAACACAUGUUACAACGUGUAACGCUAGAUCGCA